AUGAAUUUUGAGUGCUUUCAUGAAAUAGCUCAGUGGAUAAUUAAUUCUCGAACCAUUGUCGAAAAUAUUGAAUACGAGGAAUCGCCACUUAAACCACCAGAUUAUAAUAUUAUUCCUUUCAAUCAACUUGAUAUCUACAAAGAUACAGAUGCAGAAGUAGAUAUCCUGGCAAUAGCAAUGAUGACGAAUGCACCAAGACAAGUUAAUACAAGCCAUGGCAUGAAAUCAUUGGUACAAGACAUAUAUGUGAUCGAUUCAAGUUUAAAGGUUCUACGUUUGGCAAUGUGGAACAAAUUUGUCCACGAUGAAUGCUCUGAAAUUUGUAAUAUUAUUAUGGAAAAGCCAAUUGUCCUUGCAACAAAAAUCAGAGUCUCUUCGUAUAACGGCUUAUCAUUAUCGUCACGACCUACGAGUGUCUUCACCAUUGAGCCAUUUCUUGCAUCUGCCAUUUCAUUACGUGCAUGGGCAACAGAAAACAACUUGUUACUUGAGGAAACAAUUGCCAAAAAUUUGGAUAGGCCAGUUGCAUCAACAUCAGGCAGUUCUACCGAUCCAUUAGUCAAAAUAUCAGAAAUUGUGGAAACCUUAAAGUCUAUUCCAGCAAUGACGGUAUAA